AUGGCCCAUUCCAUUGGCUCGCAGGCCAUUGUGCACAAUUCCAGCCCCGGUGGCUCCCUGCGAGGAUGCGCCCAGGCUAAGGGCAUCAAUACUAUUACCAUAGAAAUUGGUAAUCCUAGCAUCUUUCAAGAUGGACUGAUCACAAACGUGGUUUCGGGAAUUAGCAAUGCUCUGAAAGUCCCAUUCGAUCAUCCGUUAUUUCGGGAUUCCAGUCUCAAAUAUCCAGAAACAGCAUCAGCUUACUGGGUUUUUUCUCAAACCGCAGGCAUACUUCGAGUAUAUAAGAUAGUAGCAGAAUCUAUGAAAAGAGGAGAGCUCAUUGCUGAGGUUCGUUCAAUCUUUGGCGAUGUCAUCGAGCAGAUCUUCAGCCCUAUGGAUCAGGACACUGUUGUGGUCGGCAUUGAGGCCAACCCAGUCGCUAAAACAGGAAAUCGUAUUCAAUUUGCUCUACUUCUGUACUUCGACCAGCGAGAAAAGAACUGGCUUUUGGAUAUGGAGUACCUCUAUGUACCGGCAUUGGAGCUUGAUUUGAUUACAGAGUGA